GCGGCCCCGAAGCUGAGGGACAGCGCCCAGCAUGAAGAAAGCGGUGUCACUGAUCAACGAGAUCGAUAUAGGAAGAUUUCCGCGCCUGCUUACCCGGAUUCUUCAAAAGCUCCACCUGAAGGCCGAGAGCAGUUUCAGCGAAGAAGAGGAGGAAAAGCUUCAAGCUGCAUUUUCUCUAGAGAAGCAGGAUCUUCACCUCGUUCUUGAAACAGUAGCCUUCAUUUUAGAGCAGGCGGUGUACCAUCACGUGAAGCCGGCCGCCUUCCAGCAGCAGUUACAGAGCAUCCGCCUGGCGCAGGACAAAGUCGAAGCCUUCCUCAGUGUCUGGUCGUCUCUCGGUCAGGAGACAGUGGAAAAGUUCCGGCAGAGGAGUCUGGCUCCUCACAAGCUGGAGACGGUUGGAUGGCAGCUUAACCUUCAAAUGGCUCACUCUGCUCAAGCAAAACUAAAAUCUCCCCAAGCGGUGCUGCAGCUGGGGGUGAGCAGCGAAGACUCGAAGGAUCUGGAAAAAGUGCUUGUGGAAUUCAGUCACCAAGAGUUGUUUGAUUUCUAUAACAAGCUGGAGACCAUACAAGCACAGCUGGACGCCCUUACGUGAGGCUGGAAGCCGGCUCUCCAUCACCUUCCCGCCGCUCCACCAUCCUGCCUGGAAGGGAAAUUGCCUGGUUUUAGUUUCUGGAGGCUUCAAUGGCUUUCCUCCUACAAAUUGUAUGGCUUGCCAUUUUUUAAACAAGUUGACAGCCAAGGGGGGCGGGGUCACUGUCAGGAGCUCGAUCUCCGCCUUUGUGAGCCGGUGCCGGUGGUGAUGAGUGCUUUCAGCUCCAAGAAGUCAGAGGCCAGGACCGUGGUGUGGUUCUGUGUUUUGCGGCUUUACUGCCCGUCCUGCUUAUUUUGAUGCUACCUCUGUCAUCAAGGUGGGUCCACAGAUAGAGUACAGCAGAACACAGAACCUGAGCGAUCACGUUAGCAUCACCGAAAAGGCAGCCGCUCACCAUCAGACACAUUGCAUACUUUCCCUACGAUAAGUGCAUUUGGCUUUAGUUAUACAUAAUACGGGAAAGAAAUUCAAAAUAGAUCUAGUAGUAUUAGUUCUCUUGUGGGCUUCUCUGCGCUCUUGAAUUUUUCUGAGUUUAAUGAGUUAAUCAUAGCUUAGGUUUUGUGUGCUUUUCUUUGAACUGCCAGUUAAUGAUUCACUUCAUAAUAUGGGUGACAGAUUGAGAUCAUGAGUAAUAGUAAUUGCAACGAAUCCUAAGUAAGCAUUCUUACCAUUGUUGUGCUUCUUUUUCUGUGAAUAUUAAUUGGUUUCAGUCAAUAAAAAUUUUGUGUUUUGGGAUAAUUGGA